AUGGCGCCCCCGGUAGCCCCAGCAGCGGGCGCAACAAAGGCCGACGUGCGCGACCAGUCUGCCCUCGAGCAGCGCCUGGGACAAUCGACAUCGGUAAUCAUGCCCCUACUCGAGUUCGGCGCAAUAGGCUACGUGACCUGGGUUCUUGUAUACCAGAUAUGCAUAGAGUACCUGAUCGAUCCCUCCGCCGAAUUCCGCCACGACUUCAACAUUCAGCCUCGACGCGCCACCGGCAUCGCUCUUAUCGUCGUAUACGCCGUGCUCCUUCUCCUACUUCUUAUACCAUGGCUGCGCCUUCUACAGGUCAUAUGGUCGAGACCGGACCUCACGCCUUUAGGGGAUGUGUCGCUAGAGAAAAAAGAAGUCACGACCACGUGGCUUGGCGAAUACGACGCGUACAUUUGUGACUACGAAGGCAUGCCUUUAUGGUGUGAUAAGUGCCACAAUUGGAAGCCAGAUAGAACGCAUCACUGCAAGGAGCUGGGUCGCUGUGUACGCAAAAUGGAUCACUACUGUCCCUGGGCCGGCGGUAUCAUUGCAGAGACCACGCACAAGUUUUUUAUGCAGUUUGUCUCUUUUGGGGCCUUGUACACAGCCUACGCGUGGAUCGUGAGUGCGGUAUUUUUGGGCGAGCGGAUUGCAAAGACUGGCUCACGCCCGGGCACCUGGAUAGGUGUGAUCGCUGUCGCAGUUUUGUUCUGCAUUUUCACCUUCACCAUGAGCUGCAUGACUGGCUGGAAUCUUUGUAUCAACUACACGUCUGUGGAAGGCAUCCAGCGAGGCGGCGUUCAGAAUAUCGCCUUCCUAAUCGCUACUCCAGAACGAUCAAGCCUCCCAUCAACACUCUCUUCAAAAGACAAAUCGCAAGACCACGACGAUUGGUCCGUUUUGACCACCAUUCAACGCGGUACAGGACGCACCUACGUUGUCAUGCAGACCAAGCCCCACGAGCAUCCCUGGUACACUAGCCUCAUGAUGGGCUGGAAAGACGUCAUGGGCAAUAACAUUCUCGACUGGUUGACGCCCAUCAAGCACAGCCCGAAUACACACAAAAGUAAUCGAGGCGAGUUUGAGUGGGGCGAGCUGGUCUACGAUAUGGCGAGGCAGUACGAAGCACACAAUCCCGGCGUGAAGUUAGCACUUCUUUAUUGA